UCCUGACUCCUAUAACAGCGCCGCCGCUCCGAUGCCUUACUGAUUCCAAGGUCGCCAUCGGCCAUUAAUGGAGAUUAAAGGCGAAAAUCCGUUCCCAAAUCGUCUCUCCUUCCUUUCUCAGUGUUCGUCUCGUUCCCCAACAAUCAGAUGUUGGAGAUGUGGAGACGGUGUUCUUCUAAUAUUAACUGGAUCUAAGUGUGAGAGAGUCCUCGGGAGUCAGGAGAUUAGAAGAACUGCAGAAUGGGGAAAUUAUUCAGUUCUUGGUGUCGUCUUCUCGUUCGUGCUGACUACUGCAACCUGCGGAUCUGGCAACCUACAUCCACAUGAAUACAUAUUUAGGCCACAGCUGAAUCCAUGGCGAAAUGCUUCCUGGUGCUCGUCUUCAUGGCAUUUCUCCUGCCGGCGGCCUACGCGAUGUGCCACCCUGACGACCUCCAAGCGCCGCGGGGCUUCGCCAGGAAGAGCAAUAGAAGGACACUCCAACAACAACAAUCAAAUACCAUUACUGGCACCAACAAACAGUGUCAGAUCUGGGAGUGGAAAUAUUGUAUCUGGGAACGGCAACACUGUCGUAUCUGGGGACAACAAUAAUGUUUCUGGGAGCAACAACACAGUCACAUCUGGGAGCAGCAAUGUCAUAGUUGACAGCAACCAUGUCAUUACUGGGAGCAACAAUACUGUAUCGGGCAAUAACAAUAGGGUAACUGGGAACAAUAAUGUUGUAUCAGGGAGCAACCAAGUCGUGUCCGGGGACAACAAAGUCGUAACUGGCUAAUGAUCUGUCAGUGAAUUGAUUUCGGCUUCUCUGGUGCAUAGCUCAUACGUCCUUGCAAGUUCAAUGUUGCUCACUAUUACUUGGUGGGCCCACUCGCGUUUGUAACUUCAUGGAUAUAGCAUCCUACCUACUUAAAAUAAUUUUUCCCUAAAAUAUCUAUAGAACUUUUUACAUAAUAAAUGCUGACAUGAACAGCAAUGGCGACUUGCAGCUUAUGUACAAGUUUUCAUCGUGGAUGUCUAGAUGUGUUUAUUUCAUCUAUUCUGUUAUCUGUAAUGUGUGAUGUUUUAGUAUAUAUGAAGAUUGGUCUAUGAAUUA